CUUAGUAAUUUGACAGGUGGGCGUAGUUUGGAAAUCACGAUAUAAGAUUUAAAUUAUUUUAUUUGUUAUAACCUGCAUCAUCAGGAGACUGAUCUCGGUGAAUCAUAAUAAAAUUCGUCCACUCGGUGUUAAUUUAUUGUGUGACAUUAGUCGCGGCGGAUGUACAUAACUUACUACUGAAUUAUUUAUUGAAUUGCUCCGUCUUAAUUGUUUGAGGUUAUAUUUGUUAUGAUUUCUUAUAACCUUAUUUUGCUUUUUCUUUUUUUGUUGGAUAGAGAAUGUGCGGUGUCUGUGCAGUUACAUAAGUUAUGCACACAUACCGACUACGGGGACGCAUGUGCGCAAAUACAACGAGACCAAGUUCUCGAAUGCCAAAAGGUGACCUCAGUAGCCGACUGCAUUAUAGCUGCCGAUACUGGACUACCCAGCCUCAGCGUUUUGACAGCAGAAGAGGCGCUAUUGGGUGCUUCCCAAGUUACCGGAUCCGCUUCAGUGAUUGGCGAAAUCAUUGGGGAUCUACCUUACCAAACAGCGGUUCUCGUCCGUUCCAGCUUCACUGGCGGAUUCGAGAACCUCAAAGGGUCUCGGUACUGCCACCCAGGAUACGACCAUGACGAGCUCGUCACCAAAUUCGUGUUGGAAGAAUUGGAGUGGAAGAUUAUCAGUUUGGCUUGUAGCAACGGUACCAUCGUUGAACAGAAAUUUAGCGCUCUAGCGUCGUUCUUCGGCGAUUCUUGUAGACCUGGAAGAUGGACCCAGGAUGACGCACUGGACACCAAACUAAAGCUUGCAUAUCCGUCGUUAUGCUCGAAAUGCGGCAGCAAUGGAUGCGACACAAAGUACCAGGAACCUUUGCAGGAUACUCUCUCUUGUCUCAGCGACAGCGGCGGUGACGUCGCGCUCACUACUUUAAAUUACGCGCGGAUUUUUUUGAACCAAUCUUCCAACGCGCAGAAUUUCCGGUACUUAUGUUCCGAUGGAUCCGUGAGCUCUCCCGACAGCCCUUGCACAUGGACCAAUCAGUUAAACCGGAUUAUAAUCUCGUCCAGUCAGAGCGCGGUGUUCAUAUCGGAAUACCUUCAAUCAAAACUACCCUCGUUCGCGAUUGGUCAGUUCCAGGUGGCGAGCAGUACCGAUAGCGUUUUGGAAACAUCUUUAGCCACGGUACUCCAGCUGAAUAAACGGGACAGGGUUGUUUUGAGAUCGCCGACGCCGUUGAGCAAUUACGUGAGAGCCAACAGGACGAUUCCGUCCCCUGAAGAAAACGUAAAGUGCAAUCUGACCGUGAGAUGGUCGACCGUCAACGAGUUGGAGCAGGGCAAAUGCUUGUGGCUCCGACAGGUCGCUGUCAAUUUCGGUAUUCAGCCAGUAAUCUCUUGCGUUCGGAGUGGGGAUGGAGAUGACAUCUCUAGUCUGGACAAUAUCAGCAAUGGUCUAGCCGAUAUCACGUUUGCCGAUGCGAAUUACGGUUAUAUCGCCCGCAGGAAAAACUUGACCAACGUGGCAUUCCCGGAAACUGACCCGCGUCAGCUUUCAAAGAUCGUUGUGGUGAUCAGGAGCGAGUCAAACUUUAGCGGUUUUGGCGACCUUAAAGGGCAGAGGGCGUGUCUGCCAGAGUACGGAGGCAAGGAGUGGCUCGCUUUCAUUGACGCGUUGCGUUCCCGUAAAAUUCUCGACACUUCCUGCGACUACGGGAAACUUCUCAGCGAUUUCGUGGGACCGUCCUGCGCUCCCGGAGCCAUUAAUUACAAGGAUUACGACAUUUCCGGAACGGACAGCGACAAAUUGUGUUCGAACUGCUUACCUGUCAACAACACUGGGACCGCCAUGUAUUGCAACGCAGACAACAUGAACAAGUAUUAUGGCAGUGUCGGCGCUCUCAAAUGUCUGAGUGACAAUAGCGGCGAUUACGCAGUGAUCUCAACAAAUGAUCUCCCGAUACAUUUCCGAGACCGCGACCAGUUCAAGGUCAUCUGCAGAAACGGAUCGGUCGCCCAAUACGCGGGCUUUGAAGUGGACGAAAACGCGCCGCUGACCAUCAUCACUGCCGGCGAGGUCGUAAUCGUCAACGGCAGCGCCAUCUACAACGACGCGGUCCUUCUCCUGCGUGACAUCGAGAAAGAGUUCGGCCAAGAUCUCAGGAAACCGUUCAAGGUGUUCGACGCUUUUAACAGGACGAAAGAUUUGCUGUUUCCGGAUUCCACACCGGGACUCAGUUUCACCGAAACGAACACCUACAUCCGAAACUUCCAGGAGUUGAUCAGUAGUUCGGAGAAAUGUGGCAACGCGAGCAGUUUCGCGUUACGUUUGAUGCCAGCAACGUUUGUUUUGGUCGUUAUCCAGUUGAUGCGAUUCGGACAGUUUUGUUUCGAUUAUUAGCGUUUAUUUUUAAAAAACUCUUGUGUCCUUAGCAGCUGUGAUUGUGUUUGCCUUGCGUUGGAGUUUUUACGAGGCUCGAUGAUUGCGACGUUGUCGUAUUGCUUGGUUUUUCUGGUAAAUGGGGCAGCCACGUCAUAUAAGAUACUUUCUUACGUCCAUAAUUUUGGUUAAUAAAUAUGUAUGACCAAUUUUGUAUUUUAAAAUAUACUACUUUAUGUAAACAA